CUGUCAAACUAACGUCAGUGUAAAGAGCAUAGCAGUAAAAAAGUAAGAAUGCAACUGCAAUGGCAAACGUGAAUUAAGAUAUUUAUAUCUGAAAUAACGCUAGUUAAUUGUGUAAUAUACAUAUAGAGUAACAGUGUUGAAAAUUAAAAAUAUAUAUAUUAAGAAAGAAAGUACUUUUGUCUCAAAUUAGGUCGGCAUAGCCUCGUAAACAUAAAUUAUCAAACGCUUUUAUUCCCGGCUUAUUUAUUGAUUUUAAUAAAUCUCUGCGCAAGUGCCCCUGGCUAAUCUGAUUGCAAUAAAAAUAUUCAAAAAGAAAAACUGCAGUUUUGCCCAUUACGAGGACUAUAUAUACAAAGGAACAUAAAGUGGUGAAAUUCAUUCACCUUCAAGUUUACUCAUUGCAAUAUUGUACUUAAAUCCGCUAUUACGCUAACGUGCCCAAAGCUAUGAUUCUACAGAUGCCGACCGCUAGUUUCGGCGUAAAUAUGAAUUCAGUGAAAGAUGACUGUGCAAUCAAAAAUGUUUGGAACCACAAUCUCCAUCAGGAAUUUCAUGUUAUACGAAAGAUUGUGCAAAAGUAUCACUGGGUGGCAAUGGACACAGAGUUUCCAGGAGUGGUGGCACGGCCUAUUGGUGAAUUCAGAUCCACAGCAGAUUACCAGUACCAACUACUCAGGUGUAAUGUAGAUCUGCUGCGGAUAAUUCAGCUAGGGCUGACAUUCAUGGAUGAGAAUGGAAAGACGCCUCCAGGCUGCACCACAUGGCAGUUCAACUUCAAGUUCAAUUUGCAGGAGGAUAUGUAUGCGCAGGACUCCAUUGAUUUACUGCAGAAUUCUGGGCUUCAGUUUAGAGAGCACGAGGAGCAUGGCAUUGAACCAUUAGAGUUUGCAGAACUGCUCAUGUCUUCAGGCAUAGUAUUAAUGGAUAACAUUAACUGGUUGAGCUUUCACUCCGGCUAUGAUUUUGGAUACCUACUAAAGCUGCUGACAGAUCAAAAUUUGCCUCAGGACGAGAAUGAUUUCUUUGAAAGUCUACGGUUGUAUUUUCCAACUGUUUAUGAUGUAAAAUACUUAAUGAAAUUAUGCAAGAACCUGAAAGGGGGACUACAAGAGGUAGCAGAUCAGCUGGAGCUCCGGCGCGUGGGGCCGCAGCACCAGGCCGGCUCCGACUCGCACCUUACCGGGAUGGCGUUCUUCAAGAUCAAAGAGAUAUUCUUCGACGGCAACAUCGAGAGCACGAGCGGGCACCUGUACGGGCUGGGCGCGCCGGCGGGCGCCGCCGACGACGCCGGCUCCACGCCCUGAACUCUACCGCAAUCUUAUACUUAUCGUCAUCAUGUCUAAUAUCCUAUUUAGUCGACUAAAUUAAUAAUUGAAUGAAUAUAUGCCUUAGACCACAGAGAAAUAAGUGAGGACACUGAUCGCUCCAUACAUGGCUACUCUUACUAACCGUUUAUAGUAUCCGGGAGAUAUGAUAUUAAUAAAAUUGAAGCUCGUUUAAAACAGCUCAUAUUUUAUAAUCAAUAAGUUUUAAGAAAGCUCACUUGAAACUGAUUAUUUUUAAUUUAAUGGGUUUUUUUUAGCCAUGAAUGGAGUGAGCACUCGAUGCUUACUUAUUAUAUAUUCUCUAUGCUUAGGCUUAACUCAGUCCGACUCAGAUAUCCACAAAUAUGAAGCCUAUGCAACGCGUAAAGCCACAUUAAUUUAAUACGAUGUGCAGUCUCAUUAAUUACAAUUCAAGUAAUUCAUACAUUUCACCGACCGAGUAUUCGCGUCGCACUGAAGUGAGCCUAAUUCCACUUGAAACUGAAAUAAUUUUAAGCGCUAGCUCCAAGCAAAUAUCAUGGUUUUUGAGAUGCCACUACAAUGCAUAUACUCAGAUUUUUGAUUAGUUGAGGUAAGCUGUCGUUUAUUUACUAGUCGUUGGUUUUCAAAUGUCACUCCUGUAAUGCACUCAGAAGAUUGUUUAUUAAUUAUUUAUUAUUAAGCCUUAUUUAUUAAGACUGCACCGACCGUCCAGUGGCGUCCUCAUUAGGGGGAUUGUGUUUUCUAAUAAACCAAUCCGUUUAUGGUAUAAUCCAGUAUAAUAAUGUUAUUAGUCCUACUGAUUCCCCAACUUUUGGUCUUUGUCACAUAGUUUUAUGUUACUAAUUUUUAGCUUCAUCGUGCAUCGCCUAAACGGUAAAUGGUGGUCACUUUUUCCGUUCAGGUGAUGAAGUCAAAGUAAUAUAAAAUUAUAUAAAAUAGACCAAAAGUUGGGGAAUCAGUAGGACUACAACAUUAAUAUACCUACUGGAUUAUACAGAAAUGGAUUGGUUUAUUAGAAAACACAGUACCCCUAAUGAGGGCGCAACUGGACGGACGACGCCCUCUUAAUCAUUAUCCUCCUGUUUUGCCCUUAGAUGGGUAAAAAGAGACUUUCGCUUGCAUUAUGCCGCGUACAUACCAAGCCAACGAACGCGAACGAAGGGCCUUCGCUAGCCUUGGUUGGUUGUGCGGUAAACCGCUCGUUAGCGUUCGGUUGAGUUCUCCGACGAUCCUGAACAUGGCGGCAACAUCGAAGGGAUCGGAAUCAUUCGGCCGAAUUCAGUGUGGACGGUUCACUAAGGCCAACAAACGAACUCUCCGUUUUAUAAACAGAAUUGAUUAAUACAUUCAUUUUUAUUAAAAUGUGUGAUUGUCCACCAGCUAUGCUUUCGUUUAAUUUUUCUUUUUUCGUUAUGGUAUAUAAAUGAAAUUAGCAUUAAUAUUUUUUUCAUCAUUCCCCUUCGUUCGCGAUAUCGGGUCACUUGGAAGGAUUUAUUCUAAACAUUCAAAAACGCAAUUUUGAAGUGCUGGAAUUCAAGGGGUUAAAAACGCCCCCUAGCAGAAGUCCAUGGACUUCAGCUUGUUGUAUAAGUUUAGAACCAAUAAUUAUUCAAAUUGACAUUCUCCAAUUUAUUAAUUUUCUACAACUAAUAAAAUCUGAGUUUAAUUUAUAAUCAUCAACCAAAUGUAUUAUUAUUGAACUUGUUAUUGAUUAAUAAUAAAACAAAUGAAACGGA